AUGUCGGUCAAAGAUAAUAAAAAAAAGUACAUGUACUUGGUUGGAUUUGAGUUAGAUAAGCUUAAUGACUCAAUAUUACCAAAAAAUCGUGAUGUUCUGAGUUUGCUUUUUAAUAAAAUCCGUACGAAGAAAUAUACAAUAAAAGCAAGCUCUAAAGAGGUUAAUUGUGAAAUAAGUGCAAUUUGGAGUACAUUUUCAAUACCAAUUGCUCGACCACAACAUUGUAUUGAUAAAAUAGAAAGUUUAUAUAAUAAAUGGCUGAAAGUCCAAAAAAAUAGUUCAAGAAAACAAUCGAAGAAACAAAAAAAUACUGAAGAAAAUUUUGUUCACUCACUUGACAACUUAUUCGAUAUAGCUCGUCAUGAUGUAUCGAAAUCGCUGGAUCCAGCUCAGACGGAAUUUUUACUUUCUAGCCGAUCACUAAAAAAAAGCAGUCCUCUACUUUACGACUCAAAUAAUCUCAGAACUGUUAAUGAUUUGCCCGGGAUAUCUUCUGUUACUGAACCAGUAGAAUCUGAUAUCGUAAUAGAAAAUCACGAAAUGGAAACGGCAGUCGUGCAUUGGGACGGUAAAAUGCUGCCUGAUAUUGUUGACAAAAUCAAAGUUGAUCGACUUCCGAUUUUAAUAUCUGGUUUCAAUACUCAGCAGUUAUUAGCUGUACCCAAGCUUGAAAAAUCGACUGGGAUAAAUCAAGCAUUGAUAAUCAGUGAAACACUGGACGAAUGGAAUAUUACAGAACGAGUUAAGGCUAUGUGUUUUGAUACACCUUCAGUGAACACAGGAGAUUACAAUGGAACUUGUGUUUUAUUAGAGAAGCAGUUAAACAAAAAAUUGUUACAUUUGGCAUGUCGUCACCAUAUUUUUGAACUAGUACUAAGAAGCGUAGUUGAAUGUGUUUGGCCAGUAACAAAAUCUCCAAACGUUGCUAUUUUUGAACGUUUUCGGAAUAAAUGGCCCAUUAUGGAUAAAAAUAAGUUUGUAACUGGUUUAGAAGAUAAAUUUGUCACUGAUGUGAUUGGAAGCAAGCAAACUGAAAUCCUUCAAGAUAUUCAAGAUCGCUUGCAGCACCAAUAUGUAAGAGAUGACUAUAAGGAGCUACUGGAGUUGUCAUACAUAUUUUUAGGCGGAAUUCCAACUCAAGGAGUGAGAUUCAAAGCUCCUGGUGCGAACCACCAUGCUCGUUGGCUCGCUAAAGCUUUGUAUAGUUUGAAAAUGUACAUGUUUCAAACUCAAUUCCAUAUGAAAUCACCAGAUUUGAAUGGAUUAAGACAUAUUUGUUCAUUUGUGGUUCAAUUUUACGUCACUGCUUGGUUUAAUGCUCCUCUUGCAAUAAAAGCACCAUAUAACGACUUGAUAUUUUUACAGAAGUUGAUAUCGUACAAAAAAAUAGAUAAAAAAAUUUCAAAUGAUGCGAGCCUCAAAUUUUCAAGACACUUAUGGUAUUUGUCGGAGGAGCUCGCUGCGUUAGCUUUUUUCGAUGACAGUGUAUCAAAUGAAGAUAAGAGAAAAAUGGUUCAUGCUAUUAAAACCAAAGAAAGUACUUCUGAAAAUCCAAGAAGAUUCAUCGCAAAAAAUCUCAAUGACUUAUUAACAACAAAUAUCAUUGUUAACGGGCCUGAUAUAAGAAAGUUGAUGAAAAGCAAUGAUUUUGAACAAGUAUUAAUUGAUGAAGAAUUGCUUGCAUGGCAAGCAAUAAAAGACGUUAUAAACGGAUUUUUGGGCAAACAUCGCUUGGAGAACUACGAAGCCUCAGUUGCUCGGACUACGGACAUUGAUGAAACGCUUAGUGAAGCAGUUCAAGAAACAGAGUGUGAUGCGACUAUAGAAGAACCAAAUUUCUCUGGAGACCACUUGUUAAAAGAAAAGAGCAUAUGGAGCUAUAAUGACACAGUCAAACUACUUGACUGUGUCGAAGCCCAUUACGAAGACUUGCACAAUCCAAAAAAAAAAGAAAAACUUUUGGAAUCUAAUAGCCACUGA